ACUCACGCCCAACCUCUGGAUCUGUUCGUUGAUAUCGCGCUCCCUCUCGGCCUUCCACUGCCUUAUGUGCGCCAAAAACUCUUCGCCGCUCAUCUCGUGGCGGGUUUUGCCACAGCUUUUGUUAAUAUACUUCUCGACCACCAUCUGAGUGGCGAUACCCGCGUGAUCCAGACCGGGAGUCCACCGGCACGGGUGGCCGCGCAUACGGUGGUAGCGGCAAAUGGUGUCUUCGAUAGCGAGUGUCAUCGCGUGACCUACGGUGCCGGCGAAGCCCUAGUCAUUGCUCGCCGUCGACACCCAUCAGCCGAUAUACAGGUACGACAGGACACCGACGUAUUGGACACGUGGUUCUCUGCAGCGCUGUUGCCGCUCAGCGUUAACGGUUGGCCACAACGCGAUCCGACCGCCGAUGACAACAACGACCAGCGCUUCCCACUAUCACUCAUGGAGACGGGUCGCGACAUCAUAUUCUUCUGGGUCGCCCGUAUGGUCAUAAUGUCGCUCUCGCUGACCGGACGGUUGCCGUUCCGUCGAGUACUACUGCACGGUAUGGUCGCCGACAGCGACGGUCGCAAAAUGUCCAAAUCCCGGGGUAAUGUCAUCGACCCGUUGGACGUGAUCGAUGGCGUCACGUUGGAUGGGCUGAAAGCCAAGUGCUGGCGCGCCUACGACCAGGGCUUGCUGUCCGACAAAGAGUUGGCCGUAGGACUGGACGAGUUGGCCAAACGCUUCCCGAAGGGUGUGCUGGCGUGCGGUGCGGACGCACUGAGGCUACACCUCUUGGAGACCCGAUUCAAAGAGGAGAGCGUGGCUUUCGAUGCCAAACAAGUGGUUAUGUGUCGUAACUUUUGCAAUAAACUGCACCAAACGGUGCGCUUCUUCGCCACGAAUGUUGACCUGAGUUUCCGCGAAACCGAUAUUUUGACCUUGAUGCCGUACUUAACGCCGACCGACCGCUGGAUUCUCUCGGAACUGGUGGCCGCCGUUCAGAGCGCCGACCAGUCGAUACAAGCGUACGACCUAUCAGUCGCCGCCCAUCGGCUCAACCACUUCUGGCACCACCAGCUCUGCGACGUAUACGUUGAGCACAUGAAGACUGUGCUCCGGCCCACUGAUGACCAACAAAGCGCCGUCACCUGCGCUGACCAGACAAUCACCGCCCGGAACUGUUCGCUCAACGUGUUUGUCGUGUGUGUCCGCACAGCUCUCCGAGCGCUGCACCCAUUCAUGCCGUUUAUUACGGAGAACCUGUGGCAACACAUGCGUCGACUGUUGGCCACCGAUGGCCGAGCGCUCGACUACAAGAGUAUUGUCGACGAACGCUAUCCGGACGGCACCGCCGCCGCCGACCAGUGGAUGAAAGCGUUUGAUUACGCGGUCGGCGACGAUAUGCGUACCGUAGAGGCGGUCAUCCAACAGAUCCGUUCGCUGCGACAGACGUACAAAUUGCCAAAGAGUCUACUCCGCGAGAAGACUGUGCUGUUGGCCACCAAUGGCCAGCGUUUGGACAGUUAUCGACGAUUGAUGGCCAGCGCGGCCGCUGUGCGCGCCGUCGAGUUGGUCUCAGUGCACGACAUUCACCGAUACGACAGUUAUCUGUGUUUUAAGAUCGGCGUAACGGACGGCGAAAGCGAUGGCCACAGAAGUAGUGCCACAAGUAGUGAUGACAGCGAUUCCCCGGCCAUCGGCGACGAUGACAACUGCGAGCACCGGUACGACGACUGUUACUUACUUGUGGACGUGGACACCGACUUUGUAAGGGCGCAACUGUCUGUGUCGGGUGUGAAGCACGAUGUGGUGGACACCACCGCCCGAGAGCUCGAGCGCUACAAAUGCCAUAACUUUCACCAAAACUACUGGAAAACCAGUUCAAUGCGAAGGCGUGACAAGUCUUGA